AUGCCCACAGGCAUCAACAAGACGCAAUCAAUUACCGCAUACGGCAUACACCGGCUCUUCGGGCGACCGCCCCUGCUGUUCGACCUCCGCAUGCACCCGUGCAUCGUGUGGCUGGGCGAGCUCCCCGCGCUCGACGGAGACGACGAGCCGUGGCGCAUCCCGUUCCUGCCGGACGGCGCGAACGGCGCGCAGCCCGCGACGCACCCGCCCGUGUCGCUCCUGCACAUCAGCGCGCUCGCGGACGACAACUUCACGCGCUUUCCGUGGCCGUUCGCCGUGCGGCCGCACCACGAGCGCCUCCCCGUGCUCGUCAUGGACGUCCUGAACGCGUGCGUCGCGAACUUCGAGGAGUUCAUGAGGGCGGAGGAGGUCGCUGCGCUCCCCGAGGAGCGCCGGAACCAGAUGUACAACGCGUACUGGGACCGUGUGCGCCGCAUGUGGAGCGGGCGCAUCCCCGGCGACGACGACGGGCUGCGCCGGAUUGAUUACCUGGGCGAUAGGGUCCUCUUUCGGGGGCUCGAGUCUGCGCCGGACGGGAGCGGCUUCGUGUUGUUCGUAGGCCCGCCAUGA